AUGAACCAGAGUGCUGCUGGCACCUCUUCCAACGGCGACGGAGCUUUCUCCACCGUCCAACUCCGCCUUCCAGCCAUCUGGGCGAAAAACCCUCGGGCCUCGUUUUCCCAAGUGGAAGCGCAAUUCCACCUGUGGCACAUCACAAGCCAGAGCGCCCGCUACUACCAUGUGGUUUCCGCUCUUCCCCCAGAGGUGGCUGAUGAGCUGGACGACGUACUGGCGUCUCCCCCUCCCGACGACGCCUACAACUACAUCAAGCGGACGAUCCUCGCUAGGAAGACGGAGUCAGAGGCUUCAAGGCUACAGCAGCUCCUGAACACAGAGGAGCUGGGCGACCGUCGACCCUCUCAGCUACUUCAUCGCAUGCGCCAGCUGUUAGGUGAGCAAGCUUCGGACACGAACACUCUGAUUCUACGGGAGUUGUUUCUCCAGCGCUUGCCACAAGGCAUUCGCAUGACGCUUGCACCAGCCACCGAUCUUCCACUCGAUCGCCUUGCCGAGAUGGCUGACCGCGUCGCGGAGUAUGCUGCCCCCGCCCUAUCAAGCGUCACGAAUGACGCUAAUCAGUGUUCCGCCAUGCGAGCCCUUGAAGCCCGCAUCGACGCCCUGACAACCGCCGUCGCAGCACUCGGCACAAAGAGAAACGACUCGAGACGUCGUCGGAGAAGUAGAUCCUCUUGA